CUUACAAACAUAAAAAAUAUCAUAAAAGGGAAAAUAUGUCUGUCGCUUUUGACAAUAUCAUUAACUUCCGUGAUGUCGGCAAAACCGUGAAUGAUUAUCUCGGCCGAAGACUACUUCAAGAAAGCGUCUUAUACCGUUCUGCGCGACCAGACGAUGCAUCCCCCGCCGACCGCAAGAAGCUCAAAGAAGAGCUCGGGGUCAAAACAAUCGUAGAUCUCCGGUCCAAGACAGAGCACAUCAAGCAAGCGCAAAAGCGGCAAGCAGAUCGAUCCAAGACCCCUGCAGUACUGCAGACAAAUGCAGCGUUCGCGGAGCCCGUCCAGAUCCCCGGCUUGCGUUACCGCGAGGUACAGGUGACGGGGCGACGGUUUGAGAGGUUUUUGUUGAGUCAGUUGUCAUGGUGGAAUUACUUCAAGUUAAUCUUCCUCUUCAUCCUCGGGUACCGCAUGCAAGCCGUCAGCCUUCUCGGCCGUGAAGUCAUGCAGCCAUUAGGUCUCGUGGGUCUGAGUCUCAGUACAAUGGACGCCUCUGGACCUGAAAUUGUUGAGGCCCUACGCACCCUAACAACCCCUUCCUCACCCCCAGUUCUUGUGCACUGCACGCAAGGCAAAGACCGCACGGGUCUAAUCAUCGCCUUGGCUCUUAUGACUCUCGGCGUACCUACUGACGCCAUCGCACACGACUACCUACUUUCCCAAGAAGGUCUCAAAGUCGAGCAAGAGUCACGGCUAGUAGAAAUCCGGGAGAUCGGACUUUCAGCCGAGUGGGCGAGCACGCCUCCGGACUUCGUAGAGCGGCUUGAGGACCAUUUGAGGACUAAGUAUGGAGGCAUCAAUGGCUUCUUGAGUAGUGUGGAGUUUGGGGAUGAUGAAAGGAAGCGACUCGUUGAAGUACUGGGUGCGUGA